AGCCGAGUUAACAGAGCUAGCUAUCAAGCAAGGAUCCCAAAAUAAUGGCACCAAUCGCGGUGCAACUGCAAAUACAAGAUCGACAUGUGGUGAUGGACAAUGGAAUCCUCCAAGUCACCCUAUCAAAUCCUGAGGGAAUUGUUACUGGAAUACGAUACAAUGGCAUUGACAAUUUACUUGAAGUUCAUAACGAAGAAGAUAACAGAGGGUACUGGGAUGUUGUUUGGAACGGAGCAAAUGUUUCCGGAAAAUUUGAUGUGAUAAAGGGGACAAGUUUUAGGGUUGUAAAGCAAGAUGAGGACCAAGUGGAGCUCUCCUUCACAAGAACAUGGGAUCCGUCGCUCCAGGAUAAAAUCAUCCCUCUGAACAUAGAUAAAAGGUUUAUAAUGUUGCGCGGUUGCUCUGGCUUCUACUCUUAUGCCAUUUAUGAACACUUGAAAGAAUGGCCUGAGUUCAGCUUAGGCGAAACCAGGAUUGCUUUCAAGCUUAGAAAAGACAAGUUCCAUUAUAUGGCGAUGGCAGACAAUAGGCAAAGGUUCAUGCCUCACCCAGACGACCGUUUACGAGGACGAUGCCAACCCCUAGCCUACCCCGAAGCAGUUCUCUUAACAAAUCCAAUAGAACCACAACUCAAAGGAGAGGUGGAUGACAAGUACCAGUAUUCAUGUGAGGACAAGGAUAACAAGGUCCAUGGAUGGAUAUGCUUUGAUCCUCCAGUGGGCUUCUGGCAGAUCACACCAAGUGAUGAGUUCAGAACAGGUGGGCCGCUAAAGCAGAAUCUCACAUCUCAUGUGGGUCCUACUACCCUUGCUGUGUUUCUUAGUUCUCAUUACACUGGACAGGAUCUGGUGCCAAAAUUCCAACAGGGAGAGGCGUGGAAGAAGGUUUUUGGGCCUGUUUUUAUUUAUCUCAAUUCAGUCUUCAAUGGAGAGGAUCCACUGUCUCUCUGGGAUGAUGCAAAAACACAGAUGCUGAUGGAAGUCCAAAGCUGGCCAUACAGUUUCCCAACUUCAGAGGAUUUCCCUUCUUCAGGACAACGAGGAACUGUUAGAGGUAGACUAUUUGUCCGUGACAGGUAUGCGGGUGAAGAUGACAUAGUUGCAGAGUCUGCUUAUGUAGGUUUGGCUUUGCCUGGAGAGGUCGGAUCAUGGCAGAGAGAAUGCAAGGGCUACCAAUUCUGGACUAGAGCUGGUGCAGAUGGGUAUUUCAGCAUCAGAGAUGUACGUGAGGGAGAUUAUAAUCUGUAUGCAUGGGUUCCUGGUUUCAUAGGAGACUACAAAUAUGAUGUUGUUCUCACCAUCACUUCAGGGUCUGAUAUCGAUCUGGGUGACCUCGUAUACAAACCUCCAAGAGAUGGCCCAACCUUGUGGGAGAUAGGCAUUCCUGAUCGAUCUGCUGCAGAGUUCUACGUUCCAGAACCUAAUCCGAACUAUGUGAACAAACUUUACGUCAAUCAUCCAGACAAGUUUAGGCAGUAUGGAUUGUGGGAGCGGUAUGUGGAAUUGUAUCCAGAAGGAGAUCUGAUCUUCAGGGUUGGCGUUAAUGAUUAUAGGAAAGAUUGGUUCUUUGCUCAAGUUACUAGGAAGAAAGAAGAUGGAUACCAGGCAACUACUUGGCAAAUUAUUUUCAAACUUGAUAGUGUGAGCCAAGGUGGAACCUAUAAAAUGCGAGUGGCACUUGCAUCAGCCACGUUUUCUGAGUUACAGGUUCGAUUCAAUGAUCCAAAAGCAAAUCCCCCUCACUUUACAACGGGGCUUAUAGGGAAGGACAACUCGAUUGCACGACAUGGCAUACAUGGACUUUAUAGGCUGUACAAUGUGGAUGUACCAAGCACCCGACUUGUGGAAGGAGACAACACCAUUUUCCUGACCCAGUCAAGAAGCUCCAGUCCUUUCCAGGGGCUAAUGUAUGACUAUAUCCGAUUGGAGGGGCCUUCUACCUCCGAUCCUCACAAGUAAAACCAAGGUUGUCUUCAGCAGAACAGUUCUUAUGGUUAUAUGUUAUUUAGAAAUUUGCAGUAAGCCUUACAGUUAAAAUCGGCAUGUUAUUUGUUAUAAUACUGUUCUUAGUAACAUAUGCUGCUGUGAUAGUGCAGUUUAUAUAUAUAAU